CUUGUGGCGACGUGUGCUGGUGGGGGAGAAAUGGCCGCGGAGAAGUUGAGCGACGCCAAAGUGUCACCGGUGGAGGACGGCAAGGAGUCGGACGAGGGCCUCGGCCUCGAGAUCCUCCAGGUCGUGAAAGACUCACAGCAGCAGCACGGGCUCAGGCACGGGGACUACCAGCGUUACAGGGGAUACUGCUCGCGGAGGCUGCGUCGUCUGCGGAAGACGCUGGGCUUCAGGAUGGGCAACCGGCACAAGUUCACGGGCAAAAAAGUCACCGUGGAGAUGUUGACCGACCACAGGUACCUGUUGCUGGUGGUGAUGGAGGCGGAGCGUGCAUGGAGCUACGCCAUGCAGCUGAAGCAGGAGGCCAACACGGAGCCGCGCAAGCGCUUCCACCUGCUGGCGCGCCUGCGCAAGGCGGCCAAGCACGGCGAGCAACUGGAGAGGCUGUGCGAGAGCCCGCGCGUCGAUGCCAAGACCAAGCUCGAGGCCCAGGCCUACACUGCCUACCUGACCGGCAUGGUCCAGUUUGAACUACAGGAGUGGAAAUCGGCGAUGGAGGCCUUCAACAAGUGCAAGACCAUCUACGAGAAGCUGGCCAGUGCGUUCACGGAGGAACAGGCUGUCUUGUACCGCCAGAGAGUGGAGGAGAUCUCCCCCAACAUCCGCUACUGCGCUUACAACAUCGGUGACCAGAACGCCAUUAACGACCUGAUGCAGAUGAGGCUCAGCGCAGGAGGAGGCGGAGGCAUGAUGGCUGAGAAGCUCGAGGCACUGAUUACUCAGACACGGGCAAAGCAGGCUGCCACCAUGAGUGAGGUGGAGUGGAGGGGUCGCACGGUCCCCGUUAAGAUCGAUAAGGCGCGCAUCUUUCUGCUGGGCCUGGCUGACAACGAGGCAGCUAUAGCCCAGGCAGCCGACGAGGAGACGAAAGAGCGUCUGUACGAGACCCUGCUGGCCGAGUGCAGAGACACCAUCCAGGCCGUGAGGGAGGAGCUGAGGGCAGACGGGAAACAGAGGGAGCGUGCUGUGGACAGUACUGAGAGUGGAAAGGUGUCCAACGUGCAGUACCUGCACAGCUACCUAACCUACAUUAAGCUGUGGACAGUGGUGAGGAGGAAUGAGAGCAUGGCACAUGCACUGCAGGCCAAACUGAAGGAACCACAGCCUGACGAGAACAAGCGAGGACCCAGACCUCAAGACCUCAUACGCCUGUAUGAUAUCAUACUGCAGAGUCUGGCUGAACUGUCAACUCUGCAUGGCUUGGAGGAGGACCACACCUUCCAGAAAGAGGUGGCCCUGAAGACGCUGGUCUACAAGGCAUACAGGUGUUUCUUCAUUGCCCAGUCGUACGUGCUGGUGAAGAAGUGGAGUGAGGCGUUGGUCCUGUACGAGAGGGUUCUGAAAUACGCCAGGGAGGUCCAGUCCAAGGCCAAACAUCUCAAUAACAGCCUCAAGGACCUUCCGGAUGUUCAGGAGCUGAUUGCCGAGGUCAAUGCUGAGAAAUACUCUCUCCAGGCAGCGGCUAUCUUGGACAAGGAGGAUGUUCCUGAAGCACCUGUACAACAGCAGGUGAAGGACAAUACGCCCCUCUCGGAGCGACUGGAUACCUUCCAUCUCGACCCCUCGCUCCUGGGCAAGCAGCCUAACCUGGUGCAGUUUCCCCCAGACUUCCAGCCAAUCCCGUGCAAGCCCCUGUUCUUCGAUCUGGCUCUCAACCACGUGGCCUUCCCGCCCCUGGAUGACAAGGUGGAACAGAAGGGCAAGGGCGGCCUGACCGGCUACAUCAAGGGCAUCUUCGGCUUCGGCAGCUAAACCGAGAGCGAGGCUUCACUCGGGCCUGCGCAGGCGGAGACCUGAGAGCUAUCGGGAGUUCCAGCUCCAUCUGAAGUUGCUACAAACCCCCGCCUGCCCUCAACCACCCCUUUCUUUCUUGUUCUUCUGAAAUCAGCUGUCUGUCCCUCAGUCCAGGUCCUGGAGGCUCAGAGCAUUGCACAGUUUGGGCUGCAGUUCCUCCGUCUUAGUUCUUCAGGGUACGUUUCCACAGCGGAACACGGUGAUCGCUUGAUCUGAGUGCUCAGUGUUUACCAAAUAUCAGAGUCAGGGUUUGGCCUCGUUCACCGAGAUCUGAUUCAGCACUGAGCGACUCUUAGAUUCAAGCCCACCAUGCGUUGAUUCAGGUAUGUUGGAGCAGGAGAAGGUCUGAACUGUGCAGUACUGUGGCCCUCUAGGAGAAGAGGCUCUCAAUCCAGUUAUCAGGGGCCCUACACACUUACUUCAGCCUGGGAAUAAAGAGCUCUGCAGAGCUUGAUUAACUGAUUCAGGUCCAUGUGUAUGAGCAACUGGACCAGAACACACAAUUAGACUAGUCGAGGUUUCCCAAAUAAUUGGAUUGGGAGACUCUGCACUCAGAUUGUAUAGUGGAGGUGUAUGAUCAACAAGGAAUUGAAUCUGUCAGUCCCUAGUUUGGCUUUACCAUGUGUCUUAUACAUUUAAUUUUGUUUGGUCCAGAAGGGUUUGGCAUUCAGCGGUUUGAGGACGAUUUCAUAGUGGAAUCUCCACGGUCCAUGUCUGGUCUCUGCGCUCUAUUCCCAAUCUGUGGCCACUAUUUCAUAUAUGUAGAAUCAUUUUGUAGAAUUAACCUCUUGAUCUAAAGUGUUCGCUAACUAGUUUUAAUUUUAGUUUGCACAAUAAGCCAGUGUUGAGUAAUUAAUCCAACGAGAAUGUGAGGCCACAAAUAUAUCUACAACUCCGUACACUACAGGUGGGAAACCAGAGCUAAGAAGGAUUCUGUUUUUCAUUGAGUCUAUGGAAUGUCUGUGAAUUGACAUUUUAAUCUCUGAAAUAGCCAAGACGAAUGUCAGUUUGGCACUGGGUGUCGGCCUCUGUCAUUUGUUUCGUCUUAAAUUGGUCCUAUAAUUGCAUUAGGAUCUGUAACAAUUAUUUUUGUACCAUGAACUUUGAUUGAAAAGGAGGAUUUGUUUCCAACUUUUAACCAAAUACAUGAAUUGAGAAUACCUGACUUUUUUCUAGAUGGGAACAAUCUGGAAAAAUCUUUGAAGGCUAGUGUCUGAUAACUCUUCAGAGUUUUGUUCUAGAAAAAGCCAGCCGGCUUUGACGCAUUUUAAAACCGUCCAGAGGGAAUUUGACUGGUUAAUGGUUUGUCCGCUCAGGAGCUCAUCAUUAAAGUUUACUGGCCUCUGUGUUACCGUAGGCAUUAGACAGCAGCGCUCGUCUACUGCCAUCAUGGCAACUAGUACCAAAGGGAAUCUCUCCCGCCACACUCCUUAAAAGGUUUUGAGUCUCGUCAUAGUGUCUGUCAUCUGAACUCAUUUCUAAGUACCAUUUUCUCUUGUUUUGGAUUUACCUGUUGUACUCUGGCUAAUGUGCUGAUCUUUUGAUUCAUGUCUAAUUCAUUUUGUUUUUCUUUUUCUGUUAAGUGUUUUAAAAAGCAAAAAUAAACUGAACUCAAGCUGGAA